GGAAGUUGCUGCCUUCCCCCUCCUCCCUCUCUCUCCAUUCCUGCUUCCGCCGCUUCCCUCUCGUUGGAGACAAAGGAGCGAGGCCCGAGGCCCGUGUUGGAGCCGAUCUAAUGUCAGCUGGUUGAACACUUUUCUACCAAAAUGUCAAAAAGGCCAUCCUAUGCCCCACCACCCACCCCAGCCCCCACAACCCAAAUGCCCAGCACACCGGGGUUUGUGGGAUACAAUCCAUACAGCCAUCUGGCCUACAACAACUACAGGCUGGGAGGGAACCCGGGCACCAACAGCCGGGCCACGGUAGGAGAAUCAACUAUUACGUCAUCCGGCAAACAACAGGAAGUGACCAGAAAUGGCUUUAGAGCAUCAUCGGGUAUCACAAUCCCCAAACCCCCUAAGCCUCCAGAUAAGCCACUCAUGCCCUACAUGAGGUACAGCAGGAAGGUCUGGGACCAAGUGAAGGCGUCCAAUCCUGACUUGAAGUUAUGGGAAAUUGGGAAGAUCAUUGGAGGGAUGUGGCGAGACCUCACUGAUGAAGAGAAGCAAGAGUACUUAAAUGAAUAUGAAGCAGAAAAGAUAGAGUACAACGAGUCAAUGAAGGCCUACCAUAACUCACCCGCUUACCUUGCCUACAUCAACGCGAAAAGCCGCGCCGAAGCCGCCCUGGAGGAGGAAAGCCGGCAAAGGCAGUCCCGGAUGGAGAAAGGCGAACCUUAUAUGAGCAUCCAGCCCGCCGAAGACCCAGAUGAUUAUGAUGACGGGUUUUCUAUGAAGCACACUGCCACAGCCCGUUUCCAGAGAAAUCACCGCUUAAUUAGUGAGAUUCUGAGUGAAAGUGUCGUCCCCGAUGUCAGAUCCGUGGUCACCACGGCAAGGAUGCAGGUUCUCAAACGCCAAGUCCAGUCCUUAAUGGUUCACCAGCGGAAACUAGAAGCUGAGCUCCUGCAGAUAGAAGAACGUCACCAGGACAAGAAAAGGAAGUUCCUGGAGAGUACAGAAUCCUUUAACAAUGAGCUGAAGAGGCUGUGCAGCCUGAAGGUGGAGGUGGACAUGGAGAAGAUAGCGGCCGAAAUCGCUCAGGCCGAGGAGCAGGCCCGCAAGCGGCAGGAGGAGAGGGAGAAGGAGGCCGCGGAGCAAGCCGAGCGCAAUCAGAACAGCACAAGCGCCGAGGAGGAGCAAGCAGCCAGCAAGGCAGAGGAGAAGAAAGAGGAGGGGAGCACUCCGAUGGAAGCAGAGGAGCCUCCUGCAGAAGAAACCAUUGAGAGCCAGCAAAACGGUGAAGGGACAUCCACUCCGGAAGACAAGGAGAGUGGCCAGGAAGGAGUCGAAAGCAUGGCGGAGGAAGGAACGAGCGACAGCAACACCGGCUCCGAAAGCAACAGCGCCAUGGUCGAAGAACCGCCAGCUGACCCGGUGGUUCCGGAAGACAGUGAAAAGAAAGAAUAAAUACAUAGCUACUUUUCAUGCAUCUCCCUUUUUUAAAAACAAAAACAAAAGAUUAACAGCAUGGGGGGAAAAAGAGGUGGUAUGUAGGUUCCUCUUGGUAUCGUUUCAUGUUUUGUAUGUUGGUCACCACCAAAUGGUUACUGGGCAUUUUAACUUUUUGUGACACCCGAUAUCCAGGGGUCAUAAUGGAUUUAGAGCGAUCAGUUGGCACAGAAGCAGAUCACAGCUCACACACAGCUGCAUCAUAAUCCACAACAGCAGCAUCACUCUUCUCUCUCAAGGAAGCAAUUUUACUCUAUGAUUUGCUUUUUAAAAUUUUCCUUAUGCCCUCUUUCCAGGGAAAAGUUAUAGAGUGUUUUAGAGACACAUCCACAUAUCUCAAUAAUCCCUUUGUUCUCAGUUGAAGACUUGGCAACUUCGAAUCAGCUUAUUAAGUUAUAGAUUCUGCCAAAUUCACUCUCCCUCUUUCACAUUAUUUAAAAUUGUGUGUGGAACUGAUACUCCAGACUUCCAUUCCUUUCAGAUAUAAUUAAAAAAUGGUUAUCGGUGAAAAGCACAAACUUCCUUCCUGCAAAAUUAAAUUGCCAUUCGUUUUUGUGAAGAAAGGAAGUUUCCUGUUCCACAAAACUGCAUUUCUGAGCUUAUUUUUUAAACCCCUUCUUGUUUUAUUUCCUCUCUACCCAAAACACUUUUUAAAAAAACACCACACACCUCAUAGUUUUAAACUAGUUUUAUU